CGCCGAUUCAUCCGCCAUUAUGAUGAUACUCGAAUCGAUCAGAGAAAGUCCGUAGAUACAUAACGAUAUUCCUCUGGCGGACAAACGGUGUAAAAGUCGAUAUCGCAUUGUUGCAAACGAGUCGAUCCGGGGCAUCGUUACUUUCGACGCGAGGAAUUGAACUUCGAUAUCUACGGAAUAAUUCAUCGACAGAGGGUAGCAGCGCACGACAAAUGCUGUAGAUGCGAUUCUCGCGGUAGAUAAACAGCAGACACGCCGAUGCCGGCGAAGGCGCGUUGAACGAAACGUCAUGGAAAACAGCAAGCAGCAAUCAGCGUUGUCGAAUGGCUCGGCGAAGAUGAGUAUCAUGUCCGACGAUGGGAAGAACGACCUACAAAUGGUACUGGCGAAAAUGAUGGAGGAGAAACAUACGUAUACGUAUAAGAAGCUGGUGGUGCCGCCAUCGAUGCGCAGCAUUUACUGGAAAUUCUUCGGAUUUCCGGCCACGGACGACGGCGACAUUCUGACUAAGGUGAAGAUCGUCUGUAUACUGUGCAAGACGCAGAUCGCCUAUAAUCGUAACACCAGCAAUCUUCGCAUGCAUCUGCAAAACAAACAUGCUCAAGAAUUGCACGAACUGGAAUCGACGAAUCCGCCGUCCAGACAGAUUAUUUCUCAGGAGAACAAGGAACGCAAGGCGCAAAAGAGACUGCUGAAAGCGAGCCUGAGUCCAACGAAAUAUAUCUAUACGACUAACGCGGAUGGUACCGUCCAGAUAGACGGUGAUAUACAGUUUGUUACGGAUCCUAACAUAAGUCUGUCGAAUAUGGAAGAUGAUAUUACUAUUGGUCAACCGCUGAGAGUAAUGAUCAAGGGUGGGUCCGGUAUUAAUGGCAACAGUCAAAAUCUGGCAUUCCUCAUGUCGGAGGAAAAUGUGACAAAUCAGUCGGUAGAUAUUAAAACUGUGUCGGACGCUAUAGCGGAAUUUAUUGUAAUGGAUCUGCAAUUGCCAGAGAUUGUAGAGGGACGUGGAUUUCAGAGAUUAGUGGCUACUUUGCGCUCGCCUUGCGAGAUCCCUAGUAAGAAUAAAUUAGAAGAGGAGAUAAUACCAAGAAUAUACACUACUUUUCGGGAGUCAGUAGCUGCUUCGAUAUCCUGCAUUACUUCAGAGCUUGCAUUGACAGUUGAAGAAUGGAAAUCAAAUAACAAUGAGAAUUUUGUUACCAUAUCAAUUUAUUAUCAAAAUAUUGAAGAGGCCACCUUAGAAUGUAAAGUUUUAAGCACUCUUCACGCACCGGCAGAUUGGGAGGAAUCCCAUUGGAGUAGUACUAUUCAUUCUUUAUUACUCGAAUGGGAUCUUAAGGUGGAGAAAAUAACAGCAGUAGUUGUCAGCACUACCAGAGCAGAAUUACUUAUGGCAUUAAAUAAUUGUGGCUUGAUUUUAGUACCAUGCUUGCUUCAUACUCUACAGGUAUGCGCGCAAGCUUGUUUCGAGAAUCCUGAAGUGGCUCAUAUAUUAUCUAAAUGCAGAUCAGUCAUUGGAGCUAUUAUAAGUCAUCCAGAAGCAUCUAAGGAGUUAAUUGAGCAAGAACAAUAUGUAGAGUUGGAAGUAAAUGCUAUGUUGCUAGAUUAUCCAAUAGUAUGGAUGUCAACAUACAAUAUGUUAGAGCAAAUGCUAAUGCGUCGUAAUAUAGUCACAGCUAUACUAGAAAAUAUGGAAGGGAUAGAUCAAGAAAUGUUUGAAAUCACCAAUGAACAAUGGAAAAUUAUAGAGGAUAUUGUGGGUGUUCUUGAACCAUUAAAAGUUACUAUUAUGACAUUAAGUGAGGAAAAAAUGCCUCUGAUAUCAUUAUUAAAACCAUUACUGUGGCAACUUGUAUCUUCGCAUCUUAAAGUUAAAGAAUCUGACAGUGAUACUGCUAGAUCGUUUAAAGAAUCCUUGUCAAAUAUGUUAUGUGAACAAUAUAAUGAUUACAAUGUCAAGUUGCUUUUGCAAAUCGCAACUACUUUAGAUCCUAGAUUUAAAUCAUUUCCUUAUGUUACUGAAGAGGAUAAAAAUAUAGUUAGUUCUCCUAUAAAGGAAAUGUUGACGAAAUUGAUUCAGGAAGAAUCCGGGGAUAAUAUCUCUAUAAAGACCGAAGAUGAAACAGUACAAAGUAAAAAAACUAGAGUAUCAGGUAUGGAAUUUUUACUUGGUGGUCUAUGUGCUACCAAGGCUGGGAUGCCUGCAGAAGAGAAAGCGGACCUCGAGAUUGUUCAAUAUCAAUCGGAAUCCGUUGCACCGCUCGAUAAUUGUCCCUUGCAAUGGUGGUUUAAAGUAUCCGCAAAAUGUCCGAAUUUGGCAAAACUGGCAAGUAGAUAUCAUUGUGUGCCCGCCUGUUGCGCACCGCCUACACGUAUUCCGGCAGACAUACAGAUACAAUACAAUACAAAGCGAGCGGCUUUACCUCCUCAUCUGAUCGAUAAACUGCUUUUUCUGCAUGGUAAUCAUACUAUGCAAAUGUAAAAAGGAUUUCUAAACUGAUGGAACAAAUAUUUGAAAAAAUACUUCAUUGGUAUAUAAAAUAUUUUCAUAAUGUACAUGUUGAAUGCGAUAUAACGUCUAAAGUAAUAUGCUGGCAAACUCGAUCAUAAGUGUACAAUAUAUACAUUAUAUAUUAUACAAGUAUGUAAAAUGCAUGAAAUGACAUUUUUGUUUAUGCUCACAUUGAUUAUGCGACAUUCCUAUAAUUUCAUAUAAAACGAUCGAUUACUAUCACAAUAGAUUUCUAAACGCACAAUAUCAGAUACAUCAGUGUAAUGUGAUUUCUUCAAUUUCACAUAAGUUAUAAU